AUGGCUCGUACCAAGCAGACCGCCCGCAAGUCCACCGGAGGCAAGGCCCCGAGGAAACAGCUCGCCACCAAGGCCGCUCGCAAGAGCGCUCCCGCCACUGAGUGA